AAAUAUUCACUUUCUACUCACACCGCAGAAAUAUUCACUUUCUACUCACACCGCAGAAAUAUUCACUUUCUACUCACACCGCAGAAAUAUUCACUUUCUACUCACUCCACUCCACUUCUCCCUCAGGUCAUCAUCCUCAGGAGUCCAUAAGGAGAUGCUUGCCCUCAUGGACUCCCACUGGCCCUCAGCGUACGUGCCCUCGACUGCUGAGGGAGUUCGUCGUGUGCUGGAGGAGUCCUACGCGCUGCUCAUGGAGUCCCCAGCCGCUGAGUAUUACACAGGGAAGAACUGCUCCCUGCGCUCAGCCCCCAGCAGCAGCCAUAUGACCCACAGCUUUGCUAUUGCUCUGCCAAAAAACUCCCCCCACCUGAGUGAGGUGAACACGGCGCUGCUGCAGCUGCAGGAGAGCGGCGCCCUAGGCCGCAUCAAAAAUAAAUGGCUUAGGCCUAUGCCACCGGCGGCGUCUUGUCCUACGGGCGUGGGGGGCGGCAGCGCCCGUCUGACGGGCGUGGGGGGCGGCAGCGCCCGUCUGGACAUCCCCGUCCUGUCAUCUUAUAAGUUAACCUUGAUGUCGCUGGUCCGCCGCAGACGGGCGUGGGGGGCGGCAGCGCCCGUCUGA